AUGUUCUGGGAAACUAUUGCCGUCGAGGAAAAUUCACUACAAACGUUAUUGAAAAAUGAAGAAAAUUUGACGUUUGAUGCCGUUUUAUCUGAUCCAUUCACUCUACAAGAAUUGCGAUCUGGGAAUCAGAAGCUCAUAUUAUUCAUCACACAGCCAGAGAACCUUGUGAAAAUUGUUUCUUAUGCUUUAUCUCCAGAAUUAUCUGAUACUCAGGAGUAUACCGAGCAAUAUAAAUAUGCUCAUUUGUGUAGCGAAAUUCUAACUGUGAGAAACAACGACUUCCUUAUAAAUGCAUUUCUAAGUUGUGCACCGGCUAUUGAAUGUCUGAAAACUAAUAUUGAUUCCAUGAAGCUUAUGAAUCACUUAGUAGCCAGUUUUUUUAUGAAAGUCAUUGUUCAUAUUCUUCAAAAAAAGUUUGAUAUGUGUUUACAUUUGUUCAGAAGCACAAACUUCUUAGAAAAAUGCGUUAAUAACAUGCACUUAGGAGCGAUUGGAGAAUUACUGCAAAACAUCUCAAAAGUUCCCUCAUCAACUGAUGAGAUAAACGCUAUGAAACAGUAUCUUGUUGAUGAGCAACUAGCUAGGCGCCUUGUGAAUAUAUUAGAUCCAAGUCUACCUAAAGCUGUUCAUGAUAAUGCAGCUGAUUUGUAUAUUGAUCUUAUAAGAAGUUUACGAGAUAUUCUGUACACUUGCACUUCUAACGAUGAUAUUUUACAUGAUUCCUUGUUCACUCCAAGCAUCGUGAACGAUUUGGUUGAAAAAAUGUUAACUGUGGAUAAAGGCGAACCAAACAGAUCUCUGUUAAUUAACUGCUCUGACAUUCUCUUUUGGUUGUUAGAAACAAACUGUAUCAUGUUUUGCCCAAGUCAUAUUAUUGAAAAUGAGGAUAAUGGAAAUGAAAUGGCAAACAGUCCUAACGGUGAUUCUGAUCAUAAAGAGACUGUGCUCGAUAACAAACGUGUUGUUGAAACAAUUCUUGCUAAACACGCCGGUGAGAUUAUGAAAAGGGUGAUUAACGAGUUGGAGAAUGAAGAGGAGAGCGAUUGUUGGUUGUACCUUAUGAGGCUCUUAUUGGCCUUGUGUAAUACUAACAAUCAUCAGACGCACAUAGAGCUCUGUGAAGGAAUGAAAAGCUCAGAAUUUCAUAAAGUUUUCUCAUUUAUAUACAAAUAUCCGAUGCGAACAUUGUUGCAUCGUCUAGUCCACAAGAUCGUUGUUUACGCUUUAUAUUCCAACACUGGAGAAACUAUUUCUCCUUUGGUCUCCUACUUUUUAGAGGAUUGUGGCUUGUUCAAAAUAUUAAUUAACGGUGGAGUUCCACCACAUGUUUAUCCUCGAAUGCAAUUCAUAUCACUUCGAGCUUUUCAUAUUUACUUAGGACAAAGUCUUCAAUUAUCACUUAAAAGAAGCCCUGUCGGUGAACUUCUGACAAAGUAUACGGAGGACAACGAUUGGAUCAUUCUUGAUAAUGUUAUUCAAAACUUUGAUAGUUGGAACAAGCCUGAAAACGAGAGACGUAUAUCCGAUCUAUCAUGCUCUGAUGUCUUAGAAUCAAGACAUGAUUUCAUCGAUGAUCCUCUAAGUGAAAACCUUCGAGAAUUCGAAAAGUUGCAGUCCUCUAAGAAGCUUCCCUCAAUUCAAACUGACAUUUUCGAGUCUCAUGACAUCAAGAGAAUCAUAGUUGAGCACGAUACAUUCCCAGAUAUUGAAAAUGUAAAUAGCAAUAGUCAGUCUCAAGCGUUUGAGGAUUUAUGUAAAGUUAGAGACGUCAGUGCUGAAAUUAAGUUUGAUGAUUUGUGUACCAUGAGAUCUGUUGGUAUCGAGGACUGGCCUUGUGGCAAGGUGGAUGAAGAAGAUGAUUGGUUCGCCCGUUCUGCUUCAAAUAAUACCAGUCUGUCGAAAAGUCCGCCUCAAGACGAUUUCCUGAGUUCAGCUCUGGACUGGCCUUCCACCGAGAACAAUGAUAGCAAGUCAUCCAACGAUUGCUGGGCUGAUUUUUCUUCCUCCAAAAACACUCUAAGUUCUCCUGUAGCAAAAAAUUCAUUAGCGACUGACGAUGAUUGGCCAAGUGAGGAUACCUCAUCUCCACCCGAGAUGUUCCAAGUCAUUCCCACGCUUCAAACUAAUGGAGAGUGA